CUCCCUCCCUCCCUCCCGCUGCUCCUUCCCCACUCUCCCCCUUCUCCUCUCCCCUGACUGCUUUUCCAAUGCCUUGACAUGAGGGAGGAAGAUUUAACUUGGCAGCCCAAACAAAUGUUCUCUCAGAGGUCCUCCAAGAAGCUGGCGGCCGGGCUGGCAGGGUGAGGGCACUGCUCGGCCAGUCUUUUCCUCCUCCCGGCUCUGCCAUGGCCGUUUGAAGCCCCCUGGGUGGACAGCCCCGGGCAUGGGAAGAGUAGAGCCCAACCCUGCAGAUUUAAAAGGGCAAUGAGAAGCUGACUGUGGAAGCCCCCGGGCUCGGAGCUAGGCAGAAGCCGCAGGGAGCUGCCUCCUGGUGCCAAAGGUUUUCUGGAGGAUUUUCUUGAGCAACAGUUUGUCUCCCUGCUGCAACCCGGGAACAGGGCCUGGUAGACCAGAGGGUUAACCAGCGCGGUCUCCUCCUCUACUGUGGGUGUGAGGACAGGCUGGUUACACAGGGCAGGGCAGGAGGCCAGAGGCUGUUCCCAGAGGUGCCUGCGUUUGCUUAUUAUUGUUUUUCUGAAGGUAGAGAUAAAGAGGCAGGCGCAGUGGUUGGACAAUGGGCAGCUUGGCCGGCGUUGAAUUCGGACUUGACUUCGCUGGCGUUGCACUCCAGCAACAACAGUGGAAGCUAGCUGCGAUUUGGAAUCACCCCCACUUAACAGACAAGAAAAUCAAGUUUCAGAGAGACGCAGCCCUCCUGCUGCCCACGUCCCUGUGCCUGGUGCUUGGAGCUCAGCUGAGGACCACCCCAGGACUAGGCCAUCACUGGUGGGGUACAAAGCAGGAUGCAGCCUGGCAGGCUGAGCUUGUACCUCCCCAGGAAGCCCGGCCCAGCCUGGCACACCUGCACAGGACUACAACCUAUGACACUGGGUUUCCAUUUCCCCACCUCCCUGCCCCAAACCUGGCCUGUGGGAGUACCUCGGAGAGAGCUGAAACCUCCAAACUGCAUCUUCCAGAUGUUUCUGAAGCUGCCCAUCCUCUCCACCCCCCAUGCAACUGUCUUCUCCUUCAGGUGUCUACCUCCAGCCUCCCCUACUUGGCCCCAAGUGUGACCUUAAUAAAAGGCACCUACAACCUUGUUACCUGCUCUGCCUACCUAAAACUCCUUCAUGACUCCCUACCAACCACAACCUGGCCCUCAAGGCCCUAUGUUCCCUGGCCCCAGCUGAAUUUUCUCUUAUAUGUGUUUUACUGAUUCUGUACACUGCCUUUCUGCCUGGCGAACUCCUAGGCAUCCUGCAAAGCCUGGUGCAAGCCUUGGCUACCUUGUACACCUGCCAGAUCAAGUGGGUUGGGCCCUCACCUUUGCCCUAGUUCCUCUGGCACUGUUUUUUGACCACUGUU